AUGUCCUUAUUCGGGUCCUAUGCGGUAAUCCUAAAACCCGCAGAGAAUGCUAUCACAAUCGAAAGGCGGGAGUCCAAUCUCUCGGAGAUCUUUGGAAUUUGCGGUCCAGAACCUGCUGCGCAGCCGGUUAUUGGCCUUGAUACAAUUGCCGAGCAGGAUCCAUUACCAUCCACCCAGGAGCUACAGGCACUCUACAAGUUGACUGUCAUGGACCGUACAAGAAACAAGACACCUUUUAUAGACCUAGUCCAAUCCAGCGGGAACCGUAGAAACAUUGUCAUUUUUAUCCGCCAUUUCUUUUGCCCAAACUGCUUCGGAUACGUCAGGGCUCUAGCAAACGAAUUACCGCCAGAAAAGCUUGAACAGAUGGAUCCACCAACUACCCUCUCAAUCGUCGGAUGCGGCGAUCCAAUCCUCAUCCAAAACUACAUGAAGAUGACCGACUGCCCGUUCGACGUCUACGCAGACCCGUCUCGGUCAACAUAUGCCGCCCUUGGAUUCUCUGUGAAUGAGACAGCAGUCCCGGAAGUUCCAAAAUAUGUUCAGAAAUACUCGACCACAUCGAUAUUCAAAGCCAUAUUGGUCAGCCUUGGUCUUGCAACCAAAACGAAAAGCAUUGCCUCGGGGAAGAAAAGCCAGAAUGGUGGCGAGCUGAUCUGGGUCGACGGAGAAAUUCAGUAUAUCCAUCGGAUGAGACACACCAACGAUCAUUUAGAAGUGGACCAGCUUGACUAUGUGUUGAGCCUCCUGAGCAAAGCUGGAUCAUGA